UUUCUGUAGCAAAGGUACCGGUAUAUUCCAUUUGAAUACACCUGGGGUCAGCAUGAGCAUGACUGUGAAUGUGUAUUGCAGAUUUCAUUCACGCCCUCAAGUCAGUCCUACAUUGUACUCUCCAGUAAUUCCCAGAGAUGUACAGUAAGCGAUUAGUGGAGACCCAGACCAGAAGAAUGCAGGGACCCAGUUGGCUAGCAGGUGAUGUGUCGUCUUGUCUGGUCAGCUGUCUCAUGGUCAUCUCCAGUCAUGCGUGACUGAACGGCAGACCAUCUGAAGACCAUAUUCCACAAAGAAGGAUAUCCAGAUUAGCUGUCUGGACCAAUUAACAGCUUUUCAGGGGCUUUCAUUUUUCGUAGGGACUAAUCCAUACAUAUCAUCAUGAGCACAUUAGAAGAAAGACGUGAGGCCCGUCGCCGGCGGCGACAACAGGAGGAGUCUGGGCCUCAGUUGAACGGUGACGAUGACCUUGACGAACGGUUGAGUCAGCGCCGAAGGGAACGGGAAUCAAGGUUGAAACUCAUAGCUGCGGGUGUAAAUGCAAUAAAUGGAGAGGAUGAAUUGGAACGUCGGCGGAGGGAAAGGCGAGAGCAACGGCUCAGGUCCUCUGAGGUCGCAGAGGAUACCAGCACCUCCAACCGCCGCACGCGUCGCAGAGGAACAGAGGACGAGAUAGAUGCUACAGAGGAAUCUUCAUACACAAGCACGCGUUCUCGUCGCCGACGUGGAUACGAUGAGGAGGAAACCCCAGAAGCCGCUCCUGAGGAACCACAAGUAGACCCAGAGGAAGCAGCUCGCAAGCGCCGGGCAGCUCAAGCCGAGCAGGAAAGACAGGAAGAGGAGGAGCGAGCUCGACGAGAAGAGGAAGAAGAAGAGCGCCAGAGACAGGAGGAAAUCCGACGCCAGCAGGAAGAGGAGCGUAGGAAACAGGACGAAGAGAGAAGAAGACAGGAGGAGGCUGAGCGUGCUAAGAGGGAAGAAAUAGAUAACAUACUAGACAGACAGAAAAAAGAGCGGGAAGAGCAAGAAAUACGAAUCAACGAAAGAAUACGCAACUUACAGAGUGUUAAUGACACGGUGAAUGACGACUUGUUUAUUGACGAGGACGAUUGGAAUAAUCACACAAACAACAGCGUGCACGGAAAUAAGUUAUCAGACAUGGAGAGGAGAAAAUUAGAAAGCAACAAAACCAGUCAGUUAAAGACAUUUUUUGAGGAUAGAAUGGAGGAGCAAAAAUCAAAUGAACUCCAUCUUGAAAUCCACAGGAAAGAUGGAUCUAAUAAACGCCAGCAUCCAGGUAACCUAAGUUUGGAUGAGUCGAGCCAGUCUCAUGUUCAAGAAAGGCUAAUCAAAUAUCAAUCUUCACUUCAGAUUUCACCAAAGGAUGCAUCGCUUUCACCCAAAGAUCUGCAUGUCUACCAUGCUAAAGUUAUCUCCCCUGGCUCAGAUCGCUUAAAAGAUAUUCAAAAAAGAUUUGAGGGGGAGAAAUCAAAUGGGGAUCUCAGCAAUAAUAGACUCGGGAGAUUGAGUGCAAGUGAAACUCAUCUCAAUAUUACAGAGAAAACAGAGUCUCCUCGAUUUGGAAGUAAAAAGGUGUUAGACAGAUGGCAGCCAGCCCAUAAUUCACAGAAAUCUCCCUUAGCAACAAGUUUUAAAGCCACAAGCACAACCAAUAUGGACAGUGGUGCAUCACGCAAAUCUGGCACAGUGACACUCUUGGCAUCAAAAUUUGCCACGUCCAAAGAAUCUCUGAACGAUAAUCAUGUGACUUCACCCACAACACUGAAGCAUUCUGGGUCGUUUAAGGAUGUAUCAUCAAUACGACGACACUGGUCAGAGAGCAGAGAUUUGACAGAAAAAUCGGAACCUGCUCCUUCUAGUUUAAGGAGGCAGAAAUCUAUGGGAGCCAAAGUUUCAGAGAGAUGGCAGUUUGAGAAGCAAGAUGGUGCAUCCUCAUCAAAAAAUAACAAGGAACCAUCAUCUCCGUUUAAAUCAAAUAGAGAAUCACCGUCAUAUCAAGAAAGUCAACUCAUUUCUCCAUGUAGGUCAAGGCCACUGUCAACUUCUUCCAGUGAUAGUCAGAAAGACGUUGUUGUUGCAACCCCUGUUACCAUAACAACAAAUGGCUGGCAUCGUACAAACGGGACUAAGGAAGAAGAGGAGAGGAUUGAGCGAGAGCGAUUGGAGCGGGAAGAACAGGAGCGUGAAGAAGCAGCAAGAAGGAUGGAAGAGGAACAAAAGAAGAGAAACCGCAAGAGGAAAGGGUUGGGAGGACUUGACAAAGAAAAGAAGAAUAAGCUCAAAGAUUUGCAUGGUGACUCUGAUUCUGCCGAUGACGAAGACGAGGAAAGCAUGUCAUCCAGUGAUUCUUCUUCCUUUCACACCUCCCACUCAAACCCCCGACCAAUGCACAGAGUCACCCCCCUCCCAUCUGACCUGGAAAGCAUGAGUAAAGCUGCUCUUAUUAAACUAUGCAAGGACCUUCAUACUUUGAUGGCCACCCUGGAGGAAGAAGUCUAUGAUUGGAACAUGAAAGUUAGGAAACAGGAAGGAGAAAUCAACUCUCUAUCUCUCAAAGUGAACGAUUCCAAAGGAAAAUUCGUUAAGCCUGUUCUUAGAAAAGUCAACAAAGAAAGCAAAUUUGAUAAGCUUAAGAAAGAUAAAUCAGAUUUCCGUGGCAAUUUGAAGUCCACAGGACAGAGUAAAUAUGCAUUGGAUGAGGAAGGGGAAGAAAAGGCGGAAUAAAUUAUCAACCUGGUUUCUACGCUAGCUAUAAAUUGAGGCUAAAUAGAAAAAACCCAGAGGCAAUGAUUGCAGUGUCGGAGAAAUUAGAAGAAGAAACAUCAGUAGUUGGCGAUUGUCCUAAAAUUACCCAUGAUUUUAACGUCCUCCUGUGUGGUUUCGAUGUUUUCAACCAAUUUUAUUUUUUCUUCUGAUUAUCAAUUAAUUUAUGUGUGGGACACAGUAUAAAAAUGUUUCAUCUUUCGAAGUAGAAUUUUUUGUUCAGUUUUUUUUUUUCUGAAACAUUGUUUUGUCUGGACUGUGGUUAAUCUCAUAGCAAUUCUAUUAGAAUGUAUAUGUGUACAUUUUACAUAAUAUUUCUUCUCUUUCAUACCAACAUGUACGAUUAUAAUAUGUUAUAUCGUGUAAAACAGUUAUGAAUGUAUGAAAGGUUGAUCUUAAAUUUUUUUUGUCUUAAUGGAAGGUAGUUGUUUUCACAUAUUGUGAAUCAAUCUAUGCAGACUGUGUCUGGAAUACCCAGAAGUAAUCUUUAAACUAUUUUCUAACAUCAAAAAUGUCAUGCCAAAACUAAUUAGUUUUGAGUUUAUUUCUAUGAACUAGGUUUAUAGUACUUCUUUAAUAUGCUAGCAGGACAUCAUUGAAGUAAAACUAUGUUGAAUAGGUUUUUAGGCUUCCAAAGAAGGCUUCUUCACCUGCAGAUGAUAAUUAACAACUAAUUAAUGACCGAAAACUUUAGGAAAAGCCUUAUAGAUAUACCUUUAUUGUAUUUAUUAAUAUUGUGGCAGUUGCUGUGUACUUGUAAAUAUGUGUGAAAUAGAUAGAGACCCCUUGCUGAAAACUAUAGCAGCAGGGUUAUAAUAAUAUAAUUAAUAUUAAUAUGACUACAAUUAAUUAUUGUUCAAAUUAUCUAAUAUAUUAUAUGUUCCAUAGAUAAUAUUCAAGAUUUAUCCAUAUAUGUUUUAAUUAAUAAAUAUUGCUUUUUAUUAAACAUUGGUCUUAGGCAAAUAAUGUACCCUUAUGAAAAAUACAAAAACAAAAAUGCUUUGGCUCUAUAUGUUUAUUUCUAUGUAUGCAUAUAUUCAAAAAUUGAUCUUCAAACCUCUUUCCCCCCAAAAAUUUGAUUGAUAGCAAUUUUACUUUUACUUUGACCAGGAUGGAAUAUAACAUCCAAGUAGUGAUUUCUUUUUCUUUCACUGUGAAUAAGAAAUUUCUGUAAGAUAUAGAUGAGGUAUUCUGUUCAAGCAAUAAACUCAUUCCUUGCCAAAAA